UCAAACAACAAAUAGGGUACAAAUUCGUGGAAAAACUAAGUCCCUAAGAAUAGUGUCACGAGUUUCCUUAUUUAUAUGUAUAUACAUGUGUAUAAUAUAUGUAUAUGUACUUGUGGAUUCCUCUUUCUUGUUUUUUUCGUUCAAGUGAAAAGAAAGAAGAGAUCAGAAAAAGUUGUAGUGUCUAUGAAUUAAAGAGAAAUUCAAGUGCUAUCAUAUUUCUCUAUAUUUUAUCGAUGCAUUUUUGGACUCCAAGGUGAAAUUAAGCGAUCCGAUCGAUCGUCAAAAAAAUUCUUUGAAUUUGAUUGACACGUGAGGAGAAGGGGAAGGAGUAGAAGAAGAAUAAGAAGAAUAAAAGAAUAAUAAAAAAUAAUGUGUAGUAACGAAAGUCCACCACCAGCUAAGGAACCGUUGGCUGUCGGAUUGGGUAAUUCGAUGGUCGGGUUCUUUCCAGGCUUUGACCAAUAUCGUCUUCAUCUUUAUCAUUAUGCCAUGACUGAGAGAUUACGUAUAGCGCAACAGUUACACCCACAACAUCCUGGGGUCGGUCAUCCACCGUCGGGUUCACCAGCUCAUCUUGGAUUAGGUGCUGCAUUUCCUGCUCCAUUACCAUUAUAUCCAGCGGCAGCAGCAGCUGGAUAUCCGAGUCGAUUGGCAUUGUCCAUGGCAUUGCUUCAUCCUCAUCAUCAGAGAAUACCAGAGGAACCUAAACCACAACAUAGUUACAUCGGUUUAAUAGCAAUGGCUAUACUAUCGUCUCCGGAAAAGAAAUUGGUCCUUUCGGAUAUUUAUCAACAUAUAUUAGAACAUUAUCCAUAUUUUCGUACGCGUGGUCCAGGAUGGAGAAAUUCUAUAAGACAUAAUUUAUCGUUGAAUGAUUGUUUCGUCAAAUCGGGUAGAAGUGCUAACGGUAAGGGCCACUAUUGGGCCAUUCAUCCUGCCAAUUUGGAAGAUUUCCGACGCGGAGAUUUCCGAAGGCGCAAAGCCCAAAGGAAGGUACGAAGGCAUAUGGGUUUAGCAGUAGACGAAGAGCCAGACAGUCCUAGUCCACCACCCUUACCAGCUACACCACCACCUACCGCAUCGGCAUUAGGUCCACCCGUCGCUUCUCAACAAUUAACCGGAAUUUGGACGAGCCCUGCGCCAGCUCCACCUGGCCCCCCACCCCAUUCUCAUCAUCACCAUCACCACCAUCAUCAUCAUCAUCAACAACCGCAACAGCAGCAACAACAGCAACAACAGCAGCAACAACAUAUGUUUCAAAGUCGUUCCAUCAGACAAUCCUCAUCUCUUCAACCAUCAAGAAAACGACUGUUCGAUGUAGCUUCACUCUUGGCGCCGGACGACCAACACCAUCACCACAUCGAGUCAGAUUUAAGGCUACCUAAAUCUAGAAGAUUCAGUUGCAGCGAAGACGAAUUGCACGACCUGCAAGAACAAGAACAGGAACAAGACGAAGAGGUUGACGUAGACGUCGACGUUGACGUUGUUGAAGGCAACGCUCUCCCCUCGCCUACUGGGACACCCUCGGCUAGUCCAGAAGCUAAAUUGGUCUCGCCGAUUGCUGGUCAUUGGAAUGAUCGGAGUUUGCAAACUGGACCUCAACAAUUACCAUCUCUUCAUCUUCACAAUCACGUACACGUUAGGAAUUAUUACGUACCAACUAACGCCAGUAACGCUUCUGGCGUCUAAUCGAAUCUCAAGUGUGUCCAAACCAUGUUGUUUAUGCAUGUGUGUAUGCAUGUGUGUGUGCAUGCGUAUGUGCAUGUGUGUGCGCGCGUGCUGGUUAUCUAUCUCUUUUUCUUCAACGACAUCAGAUCUCACUAAAGUGUCGAAAAAUAUGGUGACCUCUUCAUCGAUAUUCUAUUCAGACGUAUGAUUUACGUCAACAGUGCAAUAAGCUUCUCUAUCUGUUUGUCAAGAUCGAUCAAAUGAGCUUGGUGUCUCCUAAAAAAAAAAAAAAAGAUAAAUGAAGAAAGAGAUAGAAGGAUGUCAAAAUAAUUCAACAAAUAAACUAAAUAUAAAAAUUAAUUUAAAGUGCGAGAGAAAUCUAUAUAGGUACAAUUGUAAAUAAGAAAACGAAUCGAGAUAACUUUGAGAUCUCUCUCGAAUGUUUAAAGUGUGAUAUAAAAGAGAAAGCAUUAAAAUCGCAUAGAUAUACGUAGUGUAUUAUAAAAAUAGACAUUUCUUUUUUUUUUUUUGAAUGUACUAAAAGA